AUGUGUGACCGGACAGCAGAUUUCCACUCGCGUUGUGCGGGCCUCCAGCGGUCGGUCCCGGCUCUGGGAGCUCUCUGCCGAAAGCCUCUGCCCUCGCCUCCUUUUCCAUUUUCCCUUUUUUCGCUCGGCGCCGAUGCCCAGUCGCCUGUGAGAGACGACGCGGUCGCUGGUUCGUCCUCGCCUCCGCCCCCCUGCAUCUCUGCGCCGGCGUUUUUGUUUCUUCAGAAGGCUGCAAAGUGUGCAGAAGAGCAGAGCGCCAUAGAGUUCCAACUUCACCACUCUCCACACGCGGCUCGGGACGGCGGCAGGGGAAGUGUACGCACACCCGGGUCGUCGCCCGCUGACGCGCCGGCACCCUCGGAUUCAGCAGGCGCAGACGUGUCAGUUCUUUUGAAGAGAGUCCACAGGCAGCAGGCCCAGCUGCAAGACCUCGAGAACAGUGUGGGCAGGUGGGAUGACGUGCUGCUUGUGAAGAAAAAGCGGGAGGAGUGGGAGAACGCGUAUCGUGAAGCGGUGCUAACGGAUCCGGCGCUGAAGACUCUGUUAGCAGACAAGCCAAAGCGCGUGGCAUUUGCGUCGUUUUCCCUCUUCUCGAAAUCCGACCGGGAAAUAGGGGACGAAAACUCAGAGGCUGCGGCUCACCGGCACGCCGUCAUCGGAUGUCUCUACGCUCACCUCCAGGAUUUGACAUCGGAUUUGAAGACGCGGGAACUCGCGCUUCUUCAAGGCCAGCUCGACAGCCGUCGUUACUUUUCUGCGUACAGCAACGCCUCCGCUCACGGGUUUUCCUUGGAAAACCGAGCAGAGAAGUAUGGCUCCACCGCCGUGUCGCCGUCUUCCAUUGCAAACCCGUUGCUGGCAACGAAGGGGGCUACUCGGCAGCUACACGCAAGUCUCGCGGCCGCUGAAGCUGCCAGAACAGCUGAGCGUCUGCUUCGCCCCAUCACGAAUAAAACGUCUUCUCUUCCGAGGGACGCACCAAGCCCGUCUGCUUCGCUGUUCUCUCCGUCUCUUGCUUCUGGCGCUCUGGAAACCGGACUUGGCGCCGAGGAAUCUUCGAGUGCCCUCCACAGGCGUCGAGGUGUCUCAUGCAGAGACGUCGAGUUAACUGCGCUGGAGGGAGAGGCGCAGCCUGCGGGGAGAAAGCAGGGUGUCGUUUUUAGAGGCAAGGACCAGAGGAGGGCAAGCGAGAGACACGGCGUAGCGACUGGAGAGGGCGGCGCGGGCGAGGAGGGUUUGGAGGUCGACAUGCAAAGCCUCGCACGGGAAGAGCAACAACUCGUCGAGACGCUGUCGACAGACGCGGACCUGGUCCAGGAAGUUCAGGGGAAACUGAAAGAAAUUGUUCACUGCAUGGACGUCUUCAGCGCCAAAGUCCUCGAACAGUCAGAGGCCUGCGAGCACAUCAGAGAACUCGCCGAAGCGGCUGUGGAAAAUGUCGCGGGCGCGGGGCAGCACCUGACAAAGGCGCUGGAAAGAACCUCGGCGUACAGAUACUACGUGCUUAUGUUCUUCCUCGUGGCGGGCUGUCUUGUGCUUCUUCUCGACUUUCUGAAGUCGUCGAGCCCCUAUCUGUAA